UCAUAAACAUUUUUCGCGCAUUUCGUAAUUGUGAUGAUGAGUCUGAUAUGAUCUGCCUAGUCUCUCCCCCGUUUUCCUCUCUCCCCGCCUGAUAGAUCUCCAUCGCCCGCAUCGUCGUCGUCGCCGUCGUCGUCCAUCCGCAUCCAUGGAGAAAUCGCCAGCUCCCGAGAAAUCUAGCAGUUUCGCGAGAAACGACUCCAAGGAGAUCAAGGAUGUUGAGGCGUCUCCGGUUUCCCCGGCGGUCGACACAAGCCCUGACGCCCUUCGAGGACCGGCCUCCGAAGAGAACGAGGCGGUGGAGGAGUCUAAUGCCGAGGAGCCCGACUUGACCCUCCCUCAGGUCUGGGACGAGAUCGACGUGUUCCUCGGACGUAAUUCUGACUCGCCGUGCGAUGACGGCGAAUCGAAAACGGAUUCGGAUCCCGUUGAGAUCCCGAGAGCCGUCGAGUUGCUUUCCAAGAAUGUCGAGUCCAUGAUCGAUAAGUACGCGAUGGACGCUGGCAAGUCCAAGUUCGGCCACGACCCGGAGGAGGACUCGUGCUUCUUCGGCUCGGUGAGCCGGCUCUCGAAGCUCGCGGACAAGAUCGGGGAUUUAAAGCCGAGCGAUGAGAAUGCGAACGUGCUGUGUUCUUCUUCUCUGAACAGGACCAGCUCCGUGCUGCAGCGAGCGAUGUCAUUUCUGGAGGAGGAGCUUCGCGCCAUCCUCGACGAGGACUCCAAGACUGGAAGUGACGAUUCGGAUCCGAAAUCUGCCAAGGCAAGGCAAUCGUCAUCGUUCAAUAAUUACGGUCACGACUCCGAUCGGUGCAUCCUUCCCGAUCCCGAGCCUGCCUCCACGGAGGAGGAGUUUCCAUGUUUUAUGUCUGAAACGAUCUCUAUCAUGAGCAAGAUCGCGGACACGAUGAUCUCUGCAGGCUACGAGACCGAGUGCCGCGUGCUGUGGAUGAUCAUGAGGCGGAAGGCAUUCAAGUCAGAGUUGAGCAAGGGAGGGCUCGACGUCCUCAGCAUCGACGACGUCCAGCGAAUGCAGUGGGAUUCCCUGGAAAGAGAGAUCUCCACGUGGAUCGCCGCCGUCAAGCGAUGCUGCACCAUCCUCCUACCCGGCGAGGGUGCCCUCAGCGAGUCGGUGUUCUUGGGCCAGCCAGAGAUCGGGCAGGUCCUGUUCGGAGACCUCCAGCGCUCCGUCUCCAUCCGGCUCCUCGACUUCGCAGAGGCCGUUGUGCUGACGAACCGGUCCGCAGAGAAGCUGUUCAAGUUCCUCGACAUGUACGAGACACUGCAAGACCUGAUCGCGGCGGUCGAUGGGGCGAAGCGGUACUCAGAUGAUCCCAGGAAAGAGGAGGUCAGGGCGGAGAUGGUGGUAGUGAAGGGAAGGAUUGGGGAGGCGGCCGUGAGCAUAUUCUGCCAGCUGGAGAGCUCGAUCAAGAGCGACAGCGGCAGGGUCCCUGUCCCGAGCGGGGCGGUGCAUCCCCUCACUCGGUACACGAUGAAUUACCUCGAGUACGCCUGUGAGUACAAGGACACCCUGGAGCAGGUGUUUCAGCAGCACCAUGAAAGGGCCAUCGUCGAGACCUCCGACAGCGAACCCAUGUACAAUAUGGACUCCCCGUCGGCGAAAACAUCGCCGUUCUCGGUGCAGCUGAUGACAGUGAUGGACCUCCUGGACGCAAACCUGGAGAUGAAGUCGAAGCUGUACAAGGACCAAUCGCUGCGGUACAUAUUCCUGAUGAACAACGGAAGGUAUAUCGUCCAGAAGAUCAAGGGGUCGAGCAAGAUACAUCAGCUGAUGGGGGACACAUGGUGCCGGAGGAGGUCGUCGGACCUGAGGCAGUACCACAAGAACUACCAGCGCGAGACAUGGUACCGGCUGCUGCAGUUCCUGAACCACGAGGGCCUGCAGGUGAAGGGGAAGGUGUCGAAGCCGGUGCUCAAGGAGCGGUUCAAGUGCUUCAAUUCCAUGUUCGAUGACAUCCACAAGACGCAGAGCACAUGGGUAGUGAACGAUGAGCAACUGCAGUCCGAGCUUAGGGUCUCGAUCUCUGCAGUCGUCACACCAGCGUACCGGUCGUUCCUCGGCCGGUUCAACCAGUUCCUGGACCCGGGAAGGCAGAGCGAGAAGUACAUCAAGUAUCAGCCCGAGGACAUCGAAUCUCUCAUCGAUGAGUUGUUUGAUGGCAACCCCACGUCAAUGGGGAGGAGACGGACGUGACUUUCAUCUGGUGAGAGAGCCGCGAGUAACAGCUGAGGAUGAUGAUUCCUUUUAUGAAAAGACACCAUGGGACUUUUUGUUAGAUGAUUAUUGUUUUCCAGCAAGAUGACAGAGUCGGGUCGAUGCAAUUUUUUGGGACGUUCUUGACAAUUGUUACUGGGGUUGAUGUAAAAGUUCAAUUGACAUUUUGAUAAAGGCAAUGUAACGAGAA